GGCCGACCGUCAUUGUGUGAAACUACAUGGACGAAGCUUGCAAACUAUUAGCCAAAACUCUGCAUAAGAACGCCAACAAUCCAACACUGGCAUGGCACCUCUUCAAACGCCUCCUCUCUUCUCCCUCCACCUCCAAUCGCUGCCUUCACUCACUGCCCAUCAUAGCCCAAAUCCUCAUUCGCGCCAAAAUGCUCCCUGAAGUCGACCAUCUCCACCAACUCCUCCUUCGCCAGCCGCCCUUUGAGCUCUCCCACCAUUCCCUAUUUGCCCCAGUUCGAAUUUUAGCCAAGUCCGGCCUUUGCGACAAGGCCAUCUCCCAGUUCCAAUCCCUCCGAACCCAGUUCCCCUUCAAACCCCCCUCUGUUUUCCUCUACAAUGUGCUUCUCGACUCCGCCCUUCGCGAAAAUCGCAUUGAUUUCGUUCCAUGGUUGUAUAAAGACAUGGCAGCAGCCGGGGUUUCCCCGGAUACUUACACUUUCAAUGUCUUGAUUCAAGGGCUUUGUGAUUCCAGUCGGUUGGAAAAUGCCCGGGAGAUGUUUGACAGAAUGCCAGAGAAAGGUUGUCGGCCUAAUGAAUAUAGUUUUGGAAUUUUGGUGCGCGGGUAUUGCCGGGCCGGGCUGGUUACUGAAGCCCUGGAGGUUUUGGAUGGGAUGAGGAAUUUUAGUUUGCAUCCCAAUAGGAUCAUUUACAAUACUUUGGUUUCUAGCUUCUGUAGGGAAGGUAAGAGUGACGAAGCUGAGAAAAUGGUGGAGAGGAUGAGAGAGGAUGGCAUCUUUCCGGAUGUUGUUACUUUCAAUUCUAGGGUUUCUGCUCUUUGUACUGCAGGAAAGAUUCUAGAAGCCAGUCGAAUUUUCAGGGAUAUGCAAGUAGAUGAUGAGUUGGGGUUGCCUAAGCCAAAUAUUAUAACAUACAAUCUAAUGCUGGAGGGAUUUUGCAAAGAAGGGAUGUUGGAGGAAGCAGAGACCCUGGUUGAGUCUAUGAAAAGUAAUGGUGCUUUGAUGAAAUUGGAGAGUUAUAAUAUAUGGUUGUUGGGUUUGGUGAGGAAUGGAAAUUUGUUAAAGGCACGUUUAGUUCUUAAAGAGAUGGUGGAAAAGGGCAUAGAACCAAAUAUUUACUCUUAUAACAUUGUGGUGGAUGGACUAUGCAAGAACGGGAUGCUCAAUGAUGCAAGAUCAGUGAUUAGUUCAAUGGUAAGUUUUGGGACUUCUCCAGAUACGAUAACUUACAGCAGUUUACUCCAUGGUUACUGCAGCAAAGGAAAGGUUUUUGAAGCAAACAAUGUUCUGCGCGAGAUGAUGAAGAAUUGCUGUUUCCCAAACACCUAUACUUGCAAUAUCUUGCUGCACAGUUUGUGGAAGGAGGGAAAGAUAUCAGAAGCAGAGAAACUGCUGCAAAAAAUGAACGAGAGAGGUUAUGACCUAGACACUGUAACCUGCAAUAUUGUUAUUGAUGGCUUAUGUGAAAGUGAUAAAUUGGACAAAGCAGUUGAAAUUGUUGGUGAGAUGUGGACUCAUGGACAUGCUGCGCUUGGUAACCUAGGGAAUUCAUUUAUUGGCCUGGUAGAUAACAGUAACAACGAGAAAAAGUCCUUGCCUGAUUUGAUAACUUAUUCAACCAUAAUUAAUGGGUUAUGCAAGGCUGGGAGAAUUGAUGAAGCUAAAAUGAAGUUCAUUGAGAUGAUGGGGAAAAACUUGUGCCCCGAUUCGAUUAUUUACAAUAUUUUCAUUCAUAGUUUCUGCAAACUUGGAAAGAUAUCAUCUGCAUUUCGAGUUCUUAAGGACAUGGAGAAAAAUAAUUGCAGCAAAAGCUUACAAACGUAUAAUUCAUUGAUCCUAGGAUUAGGUAGAAAAAAUCAAAUAUUUGAAGUCUUUGGGCAGAUGGAUGAGAUGAGAGAAAGAGGGAUACAUCCUAAUGUUUACACUUACAAUAAUAUGAUCAGUUCUCUAUGUGAAGGAGGGAGAAUCAAUGACGCCAUUUCCCUGCUGGAUGAAAUGCUGCAAAGUGGUAUAUCCCCUAAUAUUUCUUCCUUCAAAUUAUUAAUUAAAGCUUUUUGCAAAGCAAGUGAGUUCGCAGUUGCACAAGAGGUAUUUGAAACUUCUCUAACUCUCUGUGGUCACAAGGAAGCACUUUAUAGUUUAAUGUUCAAUGAGUUGCUUCUUGGUGGGGAAGUCUUAGAAGCAAAGGAACUGUUCAAAACUGCAUUGGAUAGAUGUUUCAGUGUGGAGAAUUUUUUAUAUAAAGAUCUCAUUGACAGACUUUGUAAGGAUGAGAUGUUAGAGGAAGCUAUUGGCAUCCUCCGUAUGAUGAUCAGUAAAGGAUAUGGAUUUGAUCCUGCAUCAUUCAUGCCAGUGAUUGAUGGCUUGGGUAAAGAGGGAAACAAAUAUGAGGCUAACGAACUUGCAGAGAAAAUGAUGGAGAUGGCUUCUGAUGGUAGAGUGACGAAUAAGGUUUGCAGAAAUGAGAAAUUUUCAAAUGGUGAGAAAGCAAAUAAGCAUGGUGGAAGUGAUUGGCAUGCCAUAGUGCACAGAGAUGAUGGCAGCGCAAUAGCAUUAAAAGUUCUUAAACGGGUGCAGAAAGGCUGGGGUCAAGGAAGUAUAACAAGCUUGCAACCCCGGAAUGAUGACUUUCUUGAUUACUAGGAGGGUAUUGCUUAAGAUUGUUAAUUCCUUGUGGUGAAUACUCAAGAUUUUCUAUAGAUUGAAAGAGAUAUGCAAAUGCCAAAGUUUGUGCUCAUGAGGUAAUAAUUUCCCCUUUCGUGUGCUACAGGUGGCAUUGAAUGUAUUUUGACUAGCAACUGGAUGUGCAUGGUAGCAGCAAGAUAAGGUAUAUUAUUCUUUAUUGCAGGUUUGCAGCAACUGUGCUCUAUCUUCAGUGUAUUAGCCAUAACACCCUCGGUCCUUGAUGUGCCCACAAGGACACCCUCUUGUAUGUGUAUAAUGAUGAUUUUUUCCCUCUCUUUUAGGGCCUACUUGUAUACUGAGAGUUCUUGCUCCUACAAGCUGCUGGUGUUCAAAAUUUGUAGUUUCCGGAAGAGAUCAAUGUUGUUCAAAUAUAGGUGAGGUUCCAAUUUUAACAAAAUUUGUUAUUGUUUGGAUUAAAUGGAAUUUGUGCCCAUUUUGUUCAACCCUAACUUGAACACUUUUACCAGCAUUCAAUCUGGCUGCACUUAAUAAAACUGAAUGGUAAAGGUAAAA